UCAUCUUUUGAUAUUUUACGGUGUUUGUCUAGACGCUGGAGUAUGAUAAACCAGCGUUUCCAUCUUUUGCUUCAUCUUCUUCCUAAUCAUCUCAAAACAUCUCAACCUCCUCCUCUCCUUGUUCGUCAUCUCCUUCUUCACCCAUCCUUCCUUUCUCCGUCUUCACACUUUUCCAGUAACAAUAACUCUUACUUGUCUUCAACUCACUCAUUAUCUGCUACUGCUUCUCAUUUUCUAAAACCCUAUUCUUCUUCUUCUUCUUCUUCUUCUUCUUCUUCUUCUUCUUCUAUCAGACCACCUCUCCACCCUAACUUGUUUCAUUAUCCAACUCGUACAGAUUUCCAAUUCCAAGAAAAACAGGAAGUUGAUGAUGAUGAUGAUGAUGGUAAAUACAAAAACCCCAGUGAUAAAAAUACGCAUUUGUUCAUCAAAAUUCUUAGGCAGACCAAUUCUGAUGAACAAUCUAUGGAUUUUCUUUAUAAAUCAAGCAUAAAACCCACUGAAACUUUGAUUUGUUCCGUCAUUUGGGAGUUGAGAAAUGAAUGGGAAUUAGGUUUUCUGGCUUUCAAUUGGGGACAUAAAAUUGGUUGUCUUAGUAACAGCACUAAAGCUUGGAUCUUGAUGAUAUGGGUAUUGGGUAAGCAGAGACAAUUUGGUGUAGCCUGGAGUCUAAUUCGUAAAAUGGCUCCAUCUCAAAAUGCUUUGCUUAUUAUGAUCCAAAGCUAUGCAGCUGCAGGUAAACCUAAUAAAGCCAUUCAAACAUUCCAAGCUAUGGAGAAAUUCAGAGUUACUGCUGACUCCGAGGCAUUUCACACUCUACUAUGUGCACUUUGUACGUACGGAGACGUCGAAUUGGCUGAAGAGUUGAUGCUCACAAACAAGAAACUUUUCCCCUUGGAGAUUGAAAGUUUCAACAUUAUUCUCAAUGGUUGGUCUAACAUCUCUCUUGAUGAGGUUGAAGCCAAAAGAGUAUGGAGAGAAAUGUCUAACUACUGUAUCACGCCUAAUGCAGUUUCAUUCACCCACAUGAUUUCAUGCUUCUCGAAAGUUGGUAACUUAUUUGACUCGCUGAGGCUGUACGAUCAAAUGAAGAAGCGGGGGUGGUCCCCAGGUAUUAGCGUCUACAAUUCACUCAUAUAUGUACUAACUCGAGAAAGCUGCUUAAAGGAUGCCCUCAAUCUCUUAGAAAAAAUCAAAGAGGUGGGGCUUAAAGCAGACUGCGCUACCUACAAUUCCAUCAUAAUUCCUCUUUGUGAAGCAAAGAAAUCGGAUGAAGCAUGUAUUGUAUUGGCUGACAUGAUCAGGGAGGGGCUUAGCCCAACUACCGCAACCUACCAUGCUCUUGUCGAGGUGGAGGAGAGUUUAAUAGGGACAUCGGAACUGCUCAGGCAAAUGAAGAAAACUGGCUGUGGUCCUUAUGGGGAAACAUUCAUCUUGAUUUUUAACAAGUUUUUCAAGUUUCACCAAUCAGCGAACGUGUUGAAGAUGUGGAUGGAAAUGAGAAGGUUAGAGAUAAUUCCUGAUUCUGCACAUUAUAAAGUUGUGGUUGCAGGGCUGGCAAAAUUUGGUUGGAUGAAGAAAGCUAGGGAAAUAUAUGAUGAGAUGAAAAAACUGGGAUUCGCAGAUGAUCCGAAGCUCAAGAAGCUCUUCCAGGGAACUGGUAAAAAGUGGUAAAAAGUGAUUAUAAAGUAAAGAAAAUAUACAAGUCUGUCAGAGAAGUGGUCUCGAUGCAAGGAGGUUGUGAGGCAGUAUAUUCAUACACCUUUUUCAGUGCACAUGUAAUUAUUGAAGAAAAUUAUAGAGGCUGGAAUGUUCAAAAGCUGGUGUAUUUUUCAUAUUCUUGGAUGCUAAAUAUAGAACAGUCUAGUUACUGACAUUGUGUUACAGGAUUUUGUUUUGGAUUAUAAGAAGGAUUAAAGAGAAUUUUGGCGAAUC